AGUGGGAGUUGUGUUGGAGCUACUGGAACCCUCUUGUUUGUGAACAGAUGAGCCUCUAACAGUAGGUGGCUGAUUCAGGGAUUAUUAGAGCGCAGGGAAAGUGCGUGGGGUCCUAUACAACAGAAAGGAAUAGUGUGGAGCAUAGGUAAACAAGGCAAAUCAAUCAGCGGAUGUUUGAAAGCAGAGAACAGUCACGAAAAAGCAGGAUGUGAAUGGAGUCAGCCUGCAGUUUGUAUAGGAGGUUAUAAGUAGAGGAGUUAACUGUGCCAGGAAUACGAAACAGACUUCAGCUGUUGCACUGGCACAGUCUGAUUCGACUUGUCAGACAUCACCUCCUAUUUCUUCUCGUCAGCUGGCCUCUUUGUUGCCUCUGCUUUGUUUUCCUCUCCGGAGCCAUGCAUCCCCAGCGUCCUCUUCCUCAGGCCAUGCCCUCCUCCUCUCUGGGACAGCAUCUGCGGGACAUGGCCAUGGGUCUGGGAAGAGGCAAGAACUUCUUGGGAGGAAACGUCGCCUACGGUUUUAUCCAGUCGGUUAAAGAAUGCCUCUAUUUCCUGCUCUGCUGCUGGUGCAUCAAAGAGAUCCUGGACUAAGAGAGUUGAUCAAUUGGUUAAACAUUGAUUUUCACUUUAUUCCGACGGCUCCUUCAGUGUAAUUUCCACCACCUACUAUUUUAUUGAGAAUGGAGUGUUUGAUCAGCAGUUCUGGCAAAGCAUUGGCAAUGGUUGUAGGAUGCUCUUCUUGGGUUCCAGGAAACACUUUCACAUUUUCAGAAGCUUCAAAUACUCACUGAAAGACUGGGUCAGAGUCCUGAGUUCAACCUUGCUGAUCUGACUUCUUGAGGAAUGGCAGCCCUGGUGUUCACUGUACAACACAAACUGGUGUGCAAUGAAUAAAGGAACUGAUGAAUAGAAAAAA